GUCUGCUGUUAUGAAUACAUAUGCAUUAUACACGAUGCAUUUAACAUUUUUUUUUAGUGACGAAUUUCGUUUAUUUAUUUAAAAAUCAAUAAAUGGCCGAUAAGUAUUUGUUGAUAUUUUGAUAAAUGAAUGUCAACUUGUCGGUUUAAUUAAAAAAAGAAUCUUGUCAGGCAAAAACAACCAGUUAAGAUAAUACAAAAAAAAUUUAAUGACAAUGUUGCAAUUUAGUGGAAUUUUUAUUAAUUCAUCAGUUAGAAAUAAUACUAGAGUUCCUUUAUGGUGUACAACUCAACAAUUAGUGACAGCUUAUUCAACAUUUUCUAACCUCCAAACAGAAGUUCUUGGCAACAAAACCGUAACGAGAAAAUCAUCCGAAGAAAAUGAAAACAAAAAUACCUCAAAAGCGAAUAAAAAGAAAAUUUUCGUAAAGGAAGAUGUGAAAAUACAGAAUUUAGAUGUACAGCAAUAUUUUAAAACUAAUAACAAUGUAGUAGAAAAAUUGCUAUCAUCAAUCAAUGAGAAAUCACUUGAUUCAAAAAUUUUAUUAAAUGUAUAUACGAAACUUUCAACUCUUGUUACAUCUGGAAAAGUAAAAACUGCUGAUUUUGAAUCAGAUCCAAGAUAUAAAACCUUGUGUGAAUAUAUGUCUCGUAAUUCAUUGGUUAACGAUAAAAAUACCAAUAUAAUACCAACAAUGCAGAAUGUUCAGAUUAACAAUUUAGGACUUUUAUUUGACAUAAAUGAAAUAAAUAAAGUUAUUGAGAAACCAAAUUUAUCAAUGGAGGAAGCAAUUCAGAUUCUAUCAAAAUUAGGUUUGUUUAAAUCGAGAAUAGUACCAGUAUUGCAAUCAUUAAGAGAUUGUAUAGUCAAAAGCAACGAUACAAUACAUAUGAAAUGGGCAUCAGAUAUUAUGUAUAACAUGUCUGUUUUAAAUUUUUAUGAUGAGCAACUAAUGUUAAGAAUACUUCCAACUUUAAUUCAAAAAAUCCCGACAAUUAGAAACGAUAAUUCAGCAGUAAUUGGUUCAGUUUUAAAGUCAAUUGGUUUAUUGAGGUAUAGAAAUGAAGAACUUUUAUUGACAAUAACAAAGUGGGUAAUGAAAAAUCAUGCAUCAAUGAAGCCACAAUAUGUUUCUUCAUUUUUCGUAACUUUAGCUGUUGUUGGCUAUGUACCAACAGAUAAUUUACAGGAAUUUCAGUCUUUUACGAGUCAAUUUCAAGAGACUGACAUGUCUACUGCAUCUGAUUGGUUGGAUGUUGUUUGGUCACUGGUUAUAUUAAAUCAGGCUAAAGAGGAACAAAUAAUGUCCGUAAUAAAUUCAGAUUUUCUUGAAAAAUUAUCAGUUGUAUCGAAAUUAACGGAAAUAAGAAAGCGAAAAAUUUUAAACAUCAAUGCUGCUGCGAAAAUUUUAUUCAAUAAAAAUACAGAUCAUAUAUUAAAUCAGGAUUCAUCAAUAUUUAAUGUAACUUUAGAAAAGAAUCAACAUCAACAGGAUUUCGUAAAACGCAUUGUAACAGCAUUAUUUGCUUUUUUACCUUGUAAAGGUUGUGUAAAUAUGGACGUCGAUACUAAACUGGGAUUUUCUGUAGAUGCUGAAUUCUAUGUAGAUGAAAAUUGCAACCCGAUUAUUUUAACUCUAAUUGAAUCUACGGAAAAGAAACCAUUCAAAUUGGCUAUACAGGCAUUAACUUAUUACGAUUAUUGUCUAGGCGAUAAUAAAGUUAUGGGACACGUAAAUUUUCAAAAUUCACUAUUGAAAUUAAUGAAUUAUCAUGUGAUUUCUGUCUCGUAUAAAGAUUUUAAAUUAAAUCAAAAAGUUGUAGAACAUGUAAAAUAUUUAAGAGCACUAAUUGAUAAUACUGUAAAAAGUGUGUCUAAAUGAUAAUUUUUUAAAAUGAUUAUUAAUUAUUGUACAAUUUAAUAAAAAGCCACUGUAAAUGUUUAUAAUAA